AAAAGAUACAGAUGGCAGUGUCCAACUCCGCUCAAUCUUCCAUCUCCAUUCUCCACGUACCUCAUUGGCUUAAACUAUUUCCCAAUUUUCUCCCUCACACAAAUCCUAUAUGUAAUCACUUUUUCCCUAGUAAACAGUGACCACAGUAGACCAGGUCAGGGCAUUCAUUGUUUAUUUACCCACUCCUCUCUCCCUUUGAAGUUAAACCCACGUUUUGGGUUUCCUAGAUUUAAUUCUCAUCUGCAACUUCAAGCUAUAAGUAAGUUGGUUUUGUUGGGUAGGAAAAGGUUGUCUUUCUUGCAAGUAUAUAUAUGUGUGAGACGACGAGAGGACAAUCGGGUCACGACCUACUUAUGCCGUUCCGUGUUAUGUUCCCGAAGGAUAAGAAAUGUAGUGAUCGCUUUACUGCAUCCUUAAAGGCUAUUUCCCUCUUCCUUUUCCUCUCUUCCAUAUCCUUUGUUCUUUACUCUUCCUUUCUUAGACAUCAUGACUUAUGGUUCCGGUGCCCCGAAUGCCCCGACCCGACUAUCAGGCCUCGCGAUGAUAACCCGACCCAUCAAUACAAUUCCAACUCCACUACAAACAUCUCCCAUAUUGUGUUCGGAAUAGGCGGGUCAGCCCGAACCUGGAAGGAUCGGAAACACUAUUCUCAGCUCUGGUGGAAACCCAACAUCACUCGGGGGUUCGUUUGGCUCGACGAAGAACCCGAACCGAAUACAACAUGGUCAGAUGCUUCCCCGCCUUACCGAAUUUCAUCGGACUGGAAGAAAUUCAAGUUCACGAGCUCACAGUCAGCAGUCCGAAUAUCCAGGGUGGUUGUGGACUCAUUCCGGGUCGGGUUACCAAACGCCAGGUGGUUCGUGAUGGGAGAUGAUGAUACUGUUUUCUUCACAGAGAAUUUAGUCACAGUGCUGGGAAAGUACGACCACAGGCAGAUGUACUACAUCGGUGGGAGCUCGGAGAGUGUGGAGCAGAAUGUGAUGCAUGCAUAUGACAUGGCGUUUGGUGGCGGUGGGUUUGCCAUUAGCUACCCGCUAGCGGCGGAGCUGGUGAGGAUAAUGGAUGGAUGCCUCAACCGGUAUUUCAAUUUUUACGGGUCGGAUCAGCGGGUCUGGGCAUGUGUGGGUGAGCUAGGUGUCUCCCUUACAAGAGAAAGUGGCUUCCACCAGAUUGACAUUAGAGAAGAUCCUUUUGGUCUAUUGGCUGCUCAUCCAAUGGCACCGCUAGUAUCUCUCCACCACCUUGAUGACGUACAGCCGUUAUUUCCAAGCCAGAGCCAGCUAGAAUCCUUAAGAACACUAACCACAGCAUACAAGGUUGAUCCUGCCAGAACAAUGCAGCAGUGCUUCUGUUAUUACCACAACUAUAAAUGGUCCAUAUCUGUCUCCUGGGCCUAUGCAGUGCAGAUAUAUCCUUGGCUUUUGUCAGCCAAAGAUUUGGAAACACCCUUGCAGACAUUCCGAACAUGGCGGAGUUGGAGCAAUGGACCUUUUACGUUCAAUACCAGGCCUAUGGGUUCUGAACCUUGUGAACAGCCAGUGAUAUUUUAUCUAGACUCAAUUAAAGAGGACGAAAAGGGCAAGACUGUAACUACUUACAAGAAGUCUCCGGUAAAACAAGAGAAGAAGUGUAAUCAGUUAAACUACGCCCGUGCAUUUGCCAUUGACAAGAUUGUAGUCUCCUCACUGAAAAUGGAUCCUCACAUGUGGGAAAAGGUACCUCGAAGACAAUGCUGUGAGGCAAGUAAAGGUUUUUGGAGUAACACAAUGACGGUAAAGAUAAGAAACUGUAAGCACCGAGAGACUAUAACAAUGUGAGGUUAAUAUCUCACGGUUCUAGUCUCUGUAUAUUAUUAUAGCUUUAGGAUGAUACUUUGAGAAUAUAUUGAGAAUGAGCUUGUAAUUCUUUUGUGAGUAUUUUAGUGUACUGAGAGUUGAGUAGUGUGAUUUCGAUACGUGUCUGUGAAAUUUUUUUAUACCCC